CACACAGUCAAGAUGCUUAGGUAUAAUUUAAUUGUUGCAGUUUGCGAAAACUUUGGCAUUGGCCUCAAGGGCGAUCUGCCCUGGCGUCUCAAAUCCGAACUCAAGUAUUUUAGUCGCACGACGAAACGCACUAGCGAUCCCGCCAAGCGCAAUGCUGUGAUCAUGGGCAAAAAGACCUAUUUUGGUGUACCGCCCAGUAAGCGACCGCUGCCAGACCGCCUGAACAUUGUGCUCAGCACGACGAUGUCUAAGGCAGAGCUACCAAAAGAUGUGAUGUUGUGCCGCAGUCUGGAGGAGGCGUUGAAAAUGUUGGAAAGUGAAAGUGAGCCUUGGUGCGAUCAGAUAGAGAACAUUUGGAUUGUGGGCGGCAGCGGAGUGUAUGAGGAGGCGAUGGCAUCGCCGCGUUGUCAUCGCCUGUAUAUAACGAAAAUCCAAGAACAGUUUGAAUGCGACACAUUCUUUCCCAAUAUACCGGCGGAUUUUCAUGAGGUACCGCUCGAUGAGGACACGCCACAUGGUGUGCAGGAGGAGAACGGUAUUAAAUACGAAUACAAAAUAUUGGAAAAACAAUAACUAAUAAUAAAACU